GCACAGUGCGCGCAGGCUGCGAGGCGGAGCGGAGGCGCGGGCGCACGCGAGAGAGAGAGGGAGAGGGAGGGGUGGAGAGGGAGAGAAACAGAGAGAGUGAGUGAGAGAAAGAGGGAGAGAGGCGGCCUACUUCACGAUCACUUUUGGGGAGGAGGCUACAACUGUCCCCGCUGGUGGUGGUGGUGAAAGAUGCGGUUUCAUUCCGACUCUGUGCGCCGCGCGGUCCGCCUCAGACGCUGGUGAUGCCCGCCGCGCAGGGAUCACCACCCAGCAGCAGCAGCAGCAGCAGCAGGAGCAGCAGGAGGAGCAGGAGGAGCAGGAAGAGGUGGGGGUCAGGACAACAGUGCGUCGGGGUGCCGACGGUGAGCUCGGGACCAUGGCCAACGGAACCGGUACUAUCAUGUUAAAAUGCGUUGUGGUGGGAGACGGUGCGGUGGGCAAAACGUGUCUCCUGAUGAGCUAUGCCAACGACGCCUUCCCAGAGGAGUAUGUGCCCACAGUGUUUGAUCAUUAUGCAGUCAGUGUCAACGUCGGUGGGAAGCAGUACUUGCUGGGACUGUACGACACAGCUGGUCAGGAGGACUACGACCGCCUGAGGCCGCUGUCCUACCCGAUGACCGAUGUCUUCCUCAUCUGCUUCUCAGUGGUAAACCAGGCCAGCUUCCAGAACGUACGUGAGGAAUGGGAGCCUGAGUUGCAGGAGUAUGCACCCAGUGUCCCUUACUUGCUCAUUGGCACCCAGAUUGACCUUCGUGAUGACCCCAAGACCAUUGCCAAACUGAAUGACAUGAAGGAGAAGCCCAUUCCCACUGAGCAAGGACAGAAACUAGCAAAAGAGAUCGGUGCAUGUUGCUACGUGGAAUGUUCAGCUUUGACCCAGAAGGGCCUGAAGACGGUGUUCGACGAGGCGAUCAUCGCAAUCCUGACCCCUAAGAAAAAGAAGGGAGCUUUAAAGAGAAGACUGGGACCCCGCUGCAUCAACUGCUGCCUGAUCACGUGAUACGUACCAGGAGAACAUGCGGAAACCGAGCAUGUAACCAAACCUCGGCAAGAGGCGAAAAAACGACAAGAGCAAAAUGCACAGACGGCAGAGUGAGACAAAAAGCCUGAAAAGGACUAACAGGAGCUGCUUUUCAGCUGCGAGGCUCUUGAAAGGCCGUAACUCUCGUCCUCUGUCCAGCACAGGUUGAUGAUGCAGUUUACAACCAAAGGAGCACAAAACCCAAGUCAGCUUCUUCUUUUGAAAGACUUUUGCCUCCAAAGUACCUUCUUUUAUAACCAUUUUUAUUCAUUUGUUUUCUGGUACAAAAUUGUUGUACGGUGUCAUGGGAAAGAAAUAACACAAAAUGACAUUUUAGCUUUAAGAAAAAUACUAUAUUUUAAGUUCAUGUUAUGUCUUUGGUUUUGAAAGGUAGAUUACUGAUUUGUGCAUUUGUCUUCAUGAGAGCAGAUCGGAGAAAGUCUGCAGUUGAUAAAUAAUGAGAGGCUUAUUUAAGUGACACUGUGACAAUAGACACGUUACAUUUCUGGACACGGAGCGCUGCAAGGAAAACGUCUUUGUUAGCAAUUAAAAAGACAGCAAGAACUUUCCUUUGGAUUUCGGGGGUGUUGGAAAAAAUAAUGUUUAGAACACUGGCUUGUUUUGUUCGCAAAUUAACACCACUUUUGGGAUUUGUCCAUUGUGAAAGCAAUCCAUCGAAGUAGAGAGCUAAUUUUAGAAUAUAAACAAAUUAUUCUGCAGUGGCAUAACAAAUAAAAAAGUAACCAAUGAACUUUUAUAAGAAAGAUAUAAGAUUCAGUGAGAUAUUGACUGAAGUCUUGUAGAUUGCAGAACAAAACAUUCUCCACUUAUUCCAGGCAUCCAACCCAUUUUAAAAAAAACAUUGAGACGAGGGAACCGGAGGAUUGAAAAUGCACUCUUUCAUUUUGGGGUUUUAGGACUAAUUCCUGAAGCGCUCCAAACGGCACAGUUUCCUCAGCCUCAGAGAGCCUGUUGGCCUCCAAAGUCUGUCCAGCCAUUUGCUAACUGCGGACCUGCAAAUGAAACCACACAUCUUUUGAUUUUGGAAGUUUUAGAGUCUCUUUUCGCCUUAUGAAAACCCUAAUUUAUAGUGUGGCAUGUCACGACAUUUUGUAAGUUAAGGGCUGUGGUCUUUAUCGGGAACUGAAGAGCUUUUUUGUCCAUUUCAAAAUAUGAUCUAGAUCUAAUCAUUCUACAUCUCUAAAGAGGUAGAUCUAGAGAGGUGGUCUAGUUCUAGUUUGUGCAAAUAUUAUUUUAUCAGUUGUUUUUUCUUUUUUUUUUUGCUGUCCUGUAAUAAUACUUUAUCCUUGUAUCACCUUCAAGAAGGUUUAGAAGAAGAGGGAUCUCAUUUUAGAAAUGAGACCGAAUCACAUCCAACGCCCAAAGAAUCUAGCGCACACUUUCAUCAAAACCCGGCUGUGACCCGGUAGUGUGAACAUGAAGCACAGUGUGCGCCACGUUAUGUCACGACACAAGAAAAGCACAUUCCUCUGCUUUUAAAUAUAGUUCCCAGAGAAGGCUGAUUGAAGCACACAAGAUACACGCUGUCCCAUCAGGCACAAGGACGAGCAGCAUCUUACCACGAACAAUCAACACUUAAAGGGAAAAACUGAAAAGAAACAGUUUAUAAAAGAUGAGGGCUGCAGCAGCUUUUUGUACAGGUGAAACUCGAAAAAUUAGAAUAAAAGGUGAAACUAAUAUAUUAUAUAUACUCAUUACAUGCAAAGUGAGAUAUUUCAAACCUUUAUUUGAUAUAAUUCUGAUGAUUAUGGCUAUAUAAUAUAUAUAUAU